UACGGGAAAUUUUUGCAUUCCCAUUUCCCAUUUUCUUAGUUGCGACUUACAAGAAUUAACAUUAAAUUAAUAUCCAAGAUAUGAAAAUGCUUCUUAAGAAUUUAUCCCCCCUGCUCCGUUACUCGCAAGGUCUGAAAUUGACAUCUAGAAACUUAUCGGUAUCGUGUGUGCGAAAUGAUAUUGUUAAAAUUCAAAGCACAGAAGAUUUUAAAGAUAAAGUUAUCAAUAGCAAAGUUCCAGUAGUUGUCGACUUUUUCGCAACAUGGUGCAAUCCAUGCAGAUUGUUAACCCCCCGUCUUGAGGCUAUAAUUUCCGAAAAUAAGGGCAAAGUUGUGUUAGCUAAAGUUGACAUUGACGAGCAAACUGACUUGGCUUUGGAUUACGAAGUCAAUUCUGUGCCAGUUCUCGUAGCCAUAAAAAAUGGCAAAGUCCAACAGCGACUGGUGGGCCUCCAGGAUGCUGACAAACUCAGGAAGUGGAUUGACCAGUUUGCAUCUGAAGAAUCUGAAGUGAAAGUCAAAGCCUAAAGUGUCAAAUAUUACUAUUGUUAAAAAUGCACAUUACCACUGCUAUGAGGAGUAGUUAAUAAAAUAAUAGUUUAAAAUUAAA